UAUUAGUUCCCACUGAUGGCUUGGCGUUUGCCUUUUAUCUUAAUUUGUUCUCUCUUUUGGCUGCAGAUUAGCCAGAAAGGGGAUGCCGCCACGGAGGAACCUGAAAGACCUGGAGCCAUUGUGUCCAAUCACGUUUCGUACUUGGACAUUUUGUAUCAUAUGUCUGCUUCUUUUCCAAGUUUUGUCGCCAAGAGAUCAGUGGGCAAACUUCCUCUUGUUGGCCUCAUUAGCAAAUGCCUUGGUUGUGUCUAUGUUCAACGAGAAGCAAAAUCGCCUGAUUUCAAGGGUGUAUCUGGCACUGUAAAUGAAAGAGUUCGAGAAGCUCAUAGGAACAAAUCUGCUCCAACUAUUAUGCUUUUUCCAGAAGGAACAACUACCAACGGAGACUACUUACUUACAUUCAAGACAGGUGCAUUUUUGGCUGGAACUCCUGUUCUUCCGGUGAUUUUAAAAUAUCCUUACGAGCGCUUCAGCGUGGCUUGGGAUACAAUAUCCGGGGCACGCCACAUCUUAUUCCUUCUCUGUCAAUUCGUAAAUCACUUGGAAGUCAUACGGUUACCUGUAUACUACCCAUCACAAGAAGAGAAAGAUGAUCCCAAACUAUAUGCUAGCAAUGUUCGGAGAUUAAUGGCCACCGAGGGCAACUUGAUUUUAUCGGAUUUGGGACUUGGCGACAAAAGGAUAUAUCACGCAACUCUCAAUGGUUUGUUUUGCAAAAGCUAAUAUGGACACUCGAUAUUCGUGGUCCGUAUAUUUCAUUUAUUCAUAGGAGAAGGAAACACUUUUAACACAACUAUACAGAGAAUACAUCUCAUUUCUGAAACUUGUAUUUUUUUUUUCCUUUUUUGUCUCUGUUUCCAUCUGAAGCAACUUUAGACACACACAUACACACACAGCAAAUAGUUCUUCGUCCUCUUAAAAACUUCAAUGAAGAAGAUCAAUGAUUCAAUCCAAUGCCAGGUUCAAAUC